AUGGCGUCCGUAACCUCCUUGGAUAAGGACCUCCGAAAGGCGCGCCUCGAAAAAUAUACCCCUGCCGCCGCGGCCGAGGCUCAAUCCUGGAUUGAAGGUAUCUUGGGUUCCAAAUUACCCUCUUCUGACCUCCUCGAAGGUCUCAAGGAUGGUGUCGCGCUAUGCAAGCUCGUCAACUUGGCCGUGGCGCCAUCAGGGGUCAAAUUCAAGCAAUCCGCCAUGCCUUUCGUUCAAAUGGAGAACAUCUCGCACUUUCUCCGCGCCUGUCAAUCCCCUCCUCUCAAUCUACAGGAACACGACAUGUUCCUCACCGUCGAUCUCUACGAACAAAAGGACCCGGCCCAGGUCCUACAGUGUAUCGGUGCCUUUUCUCGCGCCGCCCAUGCUGCCAAGCCCGAUGUCUUCCCUUCUCCUAUAGGACCUAAGAGUCGUGGGCUGCUGAGCCCACAACCUACCGGAGGUUAUAGCACCCCCAGAAGUCGAGGACUCUCCAACGUGAGUGCCACGUCGCCUACUUACGGUUCACGUGCUGGACUCGCAGCUACGAGGACAGGGGAAUCCUCAGGUCGGUGGAGUCCAGCGAGAAGUCCCACAAGCGAACGAGUUGGCUCGCCCACUGUGUCUAGCUGGAGCAGGAAAGACCACGAGGGUGUCACUAGCCCGGCAUGGAACAUUGCCCAAUACGGAUACAUGGGUGGCGCCAGUCAGGGCAAUCUGGGCAUCGCCUUUGGGGGACGACGACAGAUCACCAGUGCCAGCCCUAGCGUACCAUCUCGCGUAGACAAGGAACGUAAGCGAAAAGAACAAGAAGAACAGCAGAAGCUACAGAUGGAGGAGGAAGAGCGCAGGCGUCAAGCGGAACUCGAAGCUGAGGAGAAACGUGCGCAACUAGACGAAGAGAAGAGGUGGGAAGACGAGACGAGAAGACUGCGGGCCGAGGAAAAGCGUAAGGCAGAGGAGGAAAGAAUGAAGUGGGAAGACGAGGAACGUCAGUGGAGGAUGACAGAAGAGAAACGGCGGAAAGACGAAGAAGAGGCGGAAGCAAGACUAGCCGAGGAGCGGAAGCGAGCUCGCAGCCCAAACGACAGUCGCUUACGUGGUCAGUUCCUCAGCCAAUACCGAGCUGAGCAGAAGAUAGCAGCCCAAAGAACGGGAGAAGGAGACUAUGUGAAACAACUGAGAGAUCUAGAGCUUGCACGUCAAAGGGAAAACGAGUACGAGGAAGAGCGUCAGAGGCGCUCACCGAGACGGGAUAGGUCCAAGAGUCGAGCGCGUUCUCGCAGUCGGCCCAACAAAGCGGAGCGGCCACCUAGUCGACAGGAUUCCUGGAGACCUCGUGACGAGAGGGAUUAUCUACGCACCCAAUGGAGCCAUCACCAAGCGCAGGCAGAGCAGCAGGAAACAGCACCUCAAGUGCCGCCCCGUCCUCUGCCGGACCCUACCGCGGUAUCAGUUAAAUCUCAUCGUACUGGUGAGACACCAUCAGCGCCGGCGGCCGCGGAUAUCCCAAGAAAUGGGGAGGCUAGGCCCCUACCCGUUCCUGGGGCAUCGAGCGGGCCCGCCCCUUUCGCGCGGCCACUUCCAGUUCCCCAGACCGCCAGCCGAACAGAUCGUUUCCUAGCUUCAAAUCCAGCCCCUGUACGACAGGCGCCGCAGCAGUCGUACUCACGCGAACUAGACGCCACAUCAGAACACGACGCCGAAGACAAACGCCGCGCCCAGUCUCAGAACCAGACCAAGGCCGGCGGGUGGGCGAGCAAGUCCCUACUGGAACGUGAGAUGGAGCUCGAACGCCAACGCCAGCGCGAAUGGGAGGAGGCGCAGAAAGAGACAGCGCAGGCUGUCCGCUCUGGCGAUGGCGUCGACGGCAUCGGAGGCGGACUCGGCGGACGAUGGGACGUUUCACAAUGGGCUGGCUAUACGGGUGGCGACUCCCAGAAUAGGGGCUCGGCGGGUAUCGGCGCCAGUAGGAGACAGAUCGUUGGGCCGAGACCUCUGCCCCAUCGGCCUUGA